CAUUUUCUUUGUCCAUCUUUUGUUAUUUAUUGUGUUAUUUGGACAAAGUUUGAAAAGGCAAUACACGCAAGCCAAUUUGCGCGCCAAAUAUUGUAAGGAAUGCAAGCCAACCCGAGUGUCUCUGAACUUCCCUUAGAGACUAUUAUGAGGGCACUUGAUUGUCUUUAUAAUCCAAAUACAAACGAGCAAACAAGGAAAGAAGCAGAUGUGUAUUUAAAUCAGUUAAAAGAAAGCCUUCAGGCCGACGCUUUUGAACAAUUGACAACUGCCUUCCUUCAAGUAUUCAGGUCUCAAUCAGAAGGGAAAAGUGCUACAGAAUAUUUUCUGUUGACCCUCUUUGAGAGUUGUUUUCAAAGAUGGCUCUCCAAUGUGGUUGCAGUACCCGGCUCGCGAGAUAUUAAAGAACUGGUUGAAAAGCUGAUAAAGCCAAACCUGUGGCAGCUUGUUGUCAAUUCGAUAGGGCAGCAUAAUGUAGAAAUACCAAGUUUUGUAAGAAAUAGAAUGGUUUCAUUGUUCUCUUUUGUUGCCUUAAGAACUUGGCCACAAUAUUGGCCGACUUGUUUUGAUGACUGGACUUUAGAAGGAAACCAUGCUAUUUCGAUAUGUGUUUUGGCAUUGGAAUUUGUGGAGUCUGUUUUGCAGGUUUGCGAUCUCAAAGUUAUUUGGGAUUCUGGUAUUUUCCAAACACUUUCUUCUUUAUUUACACUCUCCGACUAUAGAAUAAGAAACUGCGUUCUUAAAUGUUUUACAUUAGUAUUUUCAAGGGAGGACUGCAACGAUGACAGUCAUUUUGAUGAAAAAAAAUUCGUCUGUUUCUUUUUCUUUGAAAACAGCUUGAAAUUGAAAGCUUCAAGUUUGGACCAAAGUCUAAAACUUUUUCAGAUAGCUGAUAGGAGCCCAGAUGAAAGCGAGUUUCUUCGAGAUUUUUUUAUUGCGUUUUUAGAUUGCUUUCGGUUACAUCAUUCAAUCACUGAACAGUUGAAUAAUGAAAAUUUGCAAACCUUUUUCUAUUUUGUGAUGCUAUUGGUUCUUCAUCCUGUUCCACGGGUGACUUUAGCCGCAGUUCGGUUUCUUAGGUCUUAUUUGCGUGUUUCAUGUACGGAUAAAGUUGAAUAUUUGUGGGAUUGGUCCAUGAGAAUUUUGAUUUUUCGUUUUAUUUGUAGCCUCCUUCAGGAGAAACUUGACGAGAUUUCUGUUGUAUUUUCUUCCAAGGUGCAUCAAGAGGAACUUACACUUUCCUUUUCAUUGGAACGGGAUGAUGAUGCACAGUCAGCAGAGGAUGUCUACCUUCUUCGUUCUUUAAGAGACAAUAUCUUGGGCUGUCUAUCUUUUCUUAUAGAAAGAGAUGCAUCAAAGCUAUUGACAUUUCUAUUCUCAUCUCUUUACGAGCGUCUAUUAUAUGCUACCUCAAACCUAAACUCCCAAUCCAGUCCAAAUGUUAUUAAUGUCUGUUGGUUGGAUGAAUUCUUUUCAUGGGACUUUCAGACGUUUCCUUGUAUUUAUGGAACAACGAAACAUCCCUUUGAAUGCGACUCAAACUUGAUGAUUAUUUUGGAUGCGUUGGAAGCCAUGUUCGUAUUUAUAUCUAAUCGCUUGAAAAGGCUGAAAAAUCUCGACAAUAACCAAAACUUGUCCCGGUUUUAUGAAAGAGUAUAUGAGUUGUGUUUUCAGAAUGCUGUUUCUAUGCAGACGUAUCCUAUUCUGUUCCUUAAUAUCAUGAAGAUUUUGGAAUGUUGUCUUUCCACAGGUCUGCUUAUGUCAUCAAAGUUUUCCAACUAUGUUGUGACAUUUCUAUCAAGACUACUUGAAGAAAUUGGCACAUGUUCUUAUCAUGGUGCUACAAUGCAGCUGGUCCUUUGUCGAACCAAUUGUUGUGGCAUACUUGUCCAGCUAGUGAAGAUUCCCGAGACUGCUAAACAAGUAGUUCCCUAUAUUGGCGAGUUUACUUCACAAGUACAAAGUCUCGUUGCAAAUGGAAAUUUGACGAUGAACGAACAAAAUUUGUUAGCAGAGUCGAUCAUAGUAUUAAGCACAGCACUACAGAAUUUACAAGAACAACGAACAUUCAUCGAAGGAAUGCUGUCCUCUGCAGUGAAUGAAUUGAGAUCAAGUACUUGGUUGGAAAGGAUACAAAAUUGGAAUGCUUUUAUGGAAUCUUUCAUAUGGAAUGGACAUAUUGUUGAAACAACUGAAGGAGAAACAGUUGAAAGACGUAAGAAAUUUUCACGACUCAUAUCUUUACUAGACUCUGUCUCUCGUGGAGCUCGUGAGCAUUCAAAAUUUUCCGAAUCUCAUCAUCCUUUCUCUUACAAUAUUUUUACCCAGUUACUUGAACCUCUCGGUAUGCUUUUGACCACGUUACAUGAAUUAAGAAACCCAUCCACUUUUUCUCUAUUAGAAAGUAAGGGUGUGGGAGACAUCCUCUAUCCUUCAGCUAGAGAGUCUUGUCACUUGUUAGGUUUUACGGAAGAAAUGGGUUUGAAUCCAAACGAUGUGUUACGCAGACAUGGAGUUGUAUGGCCGCAUCCUGAAAGAGAUGAAAUUCGUUUCUGGCUCAACGAUAUAUUAAAAAGAUGCUAUAAUUUGGCUGGUGACAUUAUCCGUGGAAUAGGAGAGUAUGAAAGGAAUCUUUCAAACUAUAUCGGGCUUAUGAAUGCUUUGUCUGGUUGUUCUUCUGAUUUCGAUUUUCGAGGUUUGCAGUUGUUGCUACAACAUGCCCUGAGGCCGUUAUUUUCGGGUUUUGUUCCGAGAAGCAUUUUGGAACGUCUUGCUGAUACCCAUUUCUUUCUUUUGUUUGAACAUGUAAAGCAACGUUUAGAUGCUAUUCUUGGUUUAGAAGUUCGGAAGAAUGUCUCUGAGGAACCUGAGUUCAAUGAGGUCAUUCGAGAUGCCUGCGUACAUAACACUGCCAAGGAAUUGUUUCUCGUGAUAAGCGAUAUUCAUAUCACACAUUCCAGAUGCCAGUCUUCUUUCUCAAAGGAAAGCAAUGAGUGGAAGAUCGGAUACAGCAACGUUUCAACAAAGUAUUAUUCUAUACACGACCCACUUCCUGUCAUCACAGAGAGAGUAUCGUUAUAUUCCAUCAUUUUUUCUUUGAUAUGCCGUUUUAUUACAUGGAACAGUGCUUAUAUACAAAAGAAGGGUAAGUCUCUUGUCGAGAAGCUAAUCAGCGUAGAAAUGCCUGCACCUGCGAAACAUUAUUUUAUGGAGUGUUUGUUAUAUAAUCUGUUUUACAUGACUACUCAGCCAUCAGUUGACUCGGAACGCAACGAGAUAGCAUUGGAGCUAUUUCGGCAGUUGUUGAUAAAAUCGUCAGAUCAGUUUAUUUUACAAGUGCAAAUUUUAUUUCCAAACAUACAAAUUGAGUCGAUCAAGGCAUGGGUGAUAAAAGAAAGCAAUGUAUUGAAAGUACCCAAAAAGGGAAAACAGGCUAUUAGACAAAUGUUGAAAGAACAUUUUCAGAUUGUGGUCGAUGAAGUGACAACGCGAGGUCGUAAUAAGAUUCCUUCACUACCGGAUAAAGUCCAGUUUCAUAGAAUUAAAGCAAGACAAUUUGAAUUGGACGGAGCUAUGUCUUUUCAUUUGAUACUUGGCUCCAGUUCUCCAAGUAGACAAGCUCUCUUAAAGCAAUGGGGCUACGAAUUUGAAACGGAAUCUGCAAAUAUUGACGAGAAGUCUAUUCGAGCUGAAACUGCGGAAGAGUUGGUACAAAAACUGGCAGUGGCAAAGUCCGACGCAAUACUUGCACGAAGAACAACACAGUUUGAGAAUCAGAAGACUACGUUGUUGGUGACAGCUGAUCAAGUGGUUGUGCAUGAAGGAAGAAUAUUGGAAAAGCCGAAAGAUGCUAACGAAGCACGUGAAUUUAUCAGUGGAUACUCUUGUUCUCCAGCGGUUACAGUUGGUGCAAUAGUAGUCACAAACUGCCAGUCAUAUCAAAGAGAGUGUGGUUUGGAUCGUUCAGAAGUAUAUUUUCAUCCCAUUCCCGAUAGUGUUAUACAGCAACUAGUAGAAGAAGGAUCUGUGUAUUAUUGUGCUGGCGGUUUGCAAGUGGAAAACCCUUUGGUAUCCAAGUUUGUAGAUCAUAUUGUGGGAACCUUAGACUCUGUUAUGGGGCUUUCGAGACAAGUAUUGGAAAAACUCAUUGAAAAGAUUCUGUGAGUCCAACACAUUUCUGUCUCAACUAAUUGAC